AUGCCUAUCAGUGACCAUACUCCUCGCUUGAAUUUUCUCAGGGACUCUGCCAGCGUGCUGGACUCGCUCAGCCCUUCUACUGCAUCUCACUUGUUAAUGGUCCAUAAUCGAAUUCUUCAUGACGAGCUCAAACCUCUGACUCAACGGCAACUUGACUUUGCAUGUGGUGCUUGUGGUAGUAUCAGAAAACCUGAGAGGACCAGGACUAUUGAAAUUAGAAAGAAAAAAGCAAAAUCCUCUAGUUCUUCUGCUUCCAAGAAAGCUUCAGCUGUUGGAGCUACGGUCUACAAAUGCCUUCGUUGCCAUCGAAGAUCAGUUAAACCAGCAGCACGUCCCAAUAUAACGUCCAAGCCCGACACAACAGCGACCGCUGUUUCUACUGCGCAGUCCACGACAUCCACCACUGCAAAAUCCGUUUCUCCCACUGCGCAAUCUUUUGAGGUGGACCGAAGCAGUAAAACGGCCGACAACGCCAGUAGCAAGAAACGUGCGAAAGCGAGAAAGCAAGGCGGACUACAAGCUCUCCUGGCAUCAAAGCAGCAAUCUCAAUCAAAAUCAUCUCAGUCUCUUGAUCUAUUCGAUUUCCUACAGCAGUGA